AUGUAGCUAACACAUGUUGCUAAAAUAAAUAGUCUCCUUUUGCCAACUUAAUCUAGAUAGGAACCAGUGAGAGGACUUAAGAUUGCUAACUGCCAAAUAAGUUAGAGUCAACAAUCUUCCAGAUUAGAGAUAUGUAAAUUCAAAUUUUUGCUGCAAAAAAUCAUUUGCAUCAUCUAAAAAGGGUGUAAGAACUUAUUUAUAAAGAGCAUACAAUAAUUAGGAACACCUCAUCAUUAGUAUGAACUUCUAUCUAGGAUGCAUAAGGUAACUCCACAGAUGAAGGAUAGAAAACAUAAAAAUGCACUGAAGAACAAUGGAUAGGCUAAAUGA